CCUCCCCUCGUCACGCAAGGGGGCGGAGGGGGGGGGAGGGGAGCGCCCUGCCUUGAACCGGGCAGGUGGAAGCCGAAAGUGGGGGAGGCCUCCCGGGAAAGUGGGGUGAGGUAUUUUCGGAGACGACGGCCUUGAGCUGUGGAUGGCCGAAGGGAGGGCCCCGCCUGCUCGCUCGCUCGCUUGCUGGCUAACCCGAGGCCGCUGGGGAAUGAAAGCGAGCGAAAAAGGAACAUCCCCCCCUCCCCAACCUUCGUGGGCACCGCUGAGCCUGAAAUACAACUGAACGACUUACACAGAUUGUAACACAACUUCUGAAUGUAUAAGUGAUAUCUGAUAAGAACCUCCUUUUCUAAUCAAGGAAGAAUACUGCAACAAGAAUUUGAAUUUUAUUAACUCCAAGUCUUGAAUAACGUAUUGGGGCAUUGUUAUGAGAAUAUUUUUUCAUUCCUUGGUGAUUUUUCUACAUGCUGCCUAAUUGAUAAUAAAUUCAUUCAGAAUGUGAAUUGAUGGAAGAUGUCAUUUUGUUAAACAUGUGUGAAGAUAAUUCAUUUCAUGUUCGUUACAGAAUGGAAGCAUCAUGCCUGGAGCUUGCCUUGGAAGGGGAGCGUUUAUGUAAAGCAGGGGAUUGUCGAGCUGGGGUAUCUUUCUUUGAAGCUGCAGUUCAGGUUGGAACAGAAGACUUAAAAACACUCAGUGCUAUUUAUAGCCAAUUGGGCAAUGCCUAUUUCUACUUGCAUGAAUACGCAAAAGCUUUGGAAUAUCAUCAUCAUGAUUUAACUCUUGCAAGGACAAUUGGGGAUCAAGUAGGAGAAGCUAAAGCUAGUGGCAACUUGGGGAAUACCUUAAAGGUCCUUGGGAAUUUUGAAGAAGCAAUUGUUUGCUGUCAGAGGCACCUUGAUAUUUCGAGAGAUCUAGGUGAUAAGGUGGGAGAAGCCAGAGCUUUGUAUAAUCUUGGAAAUGUGUAUCACUCCAAAGGUAAAAGCGCUGCCUGUGCAGGUACCCAUGAUCCAGGGGAAUUUCCAGAUGACGUUAAAACUGCCUUGAGGAAAGCUGCAGAUUAUUAUCAGGACAACCUGACAAUUGUAACAGAAUUGGGAGAUAGAGCUGCCCAAGGACGUGCCUAUGGAAACUUGGGAAAUACACAUUAUCUUCUGGGCAACUUCCGAAGUGCUGUUACUGCCCAUGAACAGCGCCUUUUGAUUGCAAAAGAAUUUGGUGAUAGAGCUGCAGAAAGAAGAGCCUACAGUAAUCUUGGAAAUGCCUAUAUUUUCCUGGGAGAAUUUGAAACUGCUGCUGAAUAUUAUAAGAAAACAUUACAACUUGCAAGGCAGCUUAAAGAUAGGGCUGUGGAAGCACAGGCGUGUUACAGCCUUGGAAACACCUAUACCUUACUUCAGGAUUAUGAGAAGGCCAUAGAUUAUCAUCUGAAACAUUUAGCAAUUGCUGAAGAAUUAAACGACAGAAUUGGUGAAGGAAGAGCAUGCUGGAGUUUAGGGAAUGCAUGCACAGCUUUGGGGAAUCAUGAUCAAGCUAUGCAUUAUGCAGAAAAGCAUUUAGAUAUUUCAAGAGAGGUUGGAGAUAAGACUGGAGAAUUAACAGCUAAACUUAAUCUCUCAGACCUUCAAAUGGUGCUUGGUCUUAGUUUCAGCACAAACAACUCAGUGAUGACUGAAAAUCAGAUUCCAGAUUAUAACUUGAAUGGCACUAAACAGAGGUUAGGGCGUCGCCAUAGUAUGGAAAAAUUGGAACUUAUGAAACUAACACCUGAGAAGGUUCAGGAUUGGAACAGUGAAAUUCUAGCUAAACAGAAACCAUUGGUUCCCAAACCUUCAGCAAAACUGCACUUUGUAAAUCGAUUGAAAGGGAAAAAAUACAAAAAUAUGACUUCUUCUAAAGUUCUUCAGGAUACGAGUAACUCUAUUGACCAUCAACUAAAUUCACAGAAGAAAAGCAGCUUAGAUGUCCCUGGAGACGAAGGAUUUUUUGACUUGUUGAGCCGAUUUCAGAGCAACCGAAUGGAUGAUCAGCGAUAUUGUUUCCAGGACAGGAACAGACUGACAGUGACGGCUUCUGCCACAACAUCCAGAAUUAUGCAAAAAUCCUUUUCUGCUUCAAUGCUCUCUCCACAUACAGAUGAAUUUUUAGAUAUGCUUGCUAGUUCUCAGAGUAGACGUUUAGAUGAUCAGCGGGCCAGUGCCAGCAAUUUACCUGGACUUCGUCUUAAUCAACAUAAUAGUCAGUCAGUCCUUGGUCACCUGAUGGCCAGCAAAAACAGCGAACCAGAUGAUGACUUCUUUGAUAUAUUAAUAAAAUGCCAGGGCUCUCGAUUAGAUGACCAGAGAUGUGAACCACCACCAAACAUUCCAAAAGGACCAACCGUUCCUGAUGAAGAUUUCUUCAGCCUUAUUUUGAGAUCGCAGGAGAACAGAAUGGAUGAACAAAGAGUCUUUCCACCAUCUAAUUGGAAGAGGCCAAAUUCUACCUAAUGGACCUAAGCUCAAGUGAAAGAACAAGGGAGGAUUAUGUAAAGCAGCAGCAGAUAGUUUACAUAUAAUGCCUUCAGGGGAAAAAAAUAUAUAUAUAUAUUGAAAAUAUUCAGUAUGUGUACAUAGAAUACGGUACAGUCAUUACUACCACGGCUUAAAAUCAGACAUUUAAUACUGGUUCUAAAGUCAUCUGUAUAGUUUUAUUUCCAUACUGUCUGCUUUUCUGUUCAUUUCUCUUUAUGUAGAUAUACUGUUUUCCUUUAUUAAUACAAUUUGUGUUUAAGGUACUUUUGUCACAAAUUUUGGACAACUAUUUCUGCUAAAAUAUGUAAACUGUAGAAAUAAAUUCAUUUUCUAAUUUUUACAUAUUACAGAAGGUUUUAAAAUGAAUGGUAUUGUGGUUUUUUUAAAAAAAUUUUUUUUAAUACUGUUGUGUUUUUUAUGUUUUUAUCUAUAAAACAGUAUUAAGUCGAUUUAAGGAAAAAAAGCCAAUUCAGUUUAGGCCAUGAACAAAGUAUGCAAAGGCUUCAUCAUCACCUCUCAUUGAGUUUUAAAAAAAUAUUAAAAAUUUUUAUUACAGUAAUAAAAGCUUAUAUAAACUAAACUUGAAGAAAAAGGGGGACAAAGAAAAAAUAAGAAGAAGUGACUUCUAGUGUUAAAUAGAACAAGUUUAAGCAAAUUUAAUAACUUUUUACCAUCUAUAAGGUUACAGGUAUCUCUUCAUCCCACAAUUUCAUCCCUUAUUCAAAAGCAAAUCCAUAAAUCAAUUCUAGCAAGCUGACCACAAAAUGUUGCCAGAACUUUAAAAUCUCAAUUUUAAACUUGAUCAAUUAAACGGUCUAUUCAUUUAUUUCUAAUAAAUGAACUAAUUCAAUCACAUGCAGGUAAUCCUCAAUUUAUAAUUGGUCAUUUAAUGACCAUUUGAAGUUCCAGUUGGCUCUCCCCAAAAGCUGCUUAUGGCCGGGUUCUGAAGGCAUGACCGCUACAGUGUCCCUGUGGUGGUUCUUAGGAUUGACUGUAGAGAUGCGGCAAUGGUAGCGGCCCUGCUCACUUAUCUCAAAAGUAUAUGAGAAUGGGGGUGGGUGGGGAGAAGUGUGAUCCAGUUAGGUGACAGGUCAAAGACCUCUGGACCCCAAAGGGCAUGAAGCAGAGCAUGGGGUGUCUUGAAGCAGAGGGGGUCUUAGGGGGGCUGGGGCGGGAGCUGUGCUAGGCUUUCCAGGGUCUCCCCUGUGGCCUGAGAAACCUGUGUGCCAUUUAAUGAUCCACGUGGUCAUUUAACAGCCACGUUGGGAAGAGCAGGUCUGGGGAUUUCUAAGUGAGAUAACCACAUGGUUGCUUAAAAGUUGCCAUGACUUUCAACUGUAAUGGGCAGGCUCUAUUACAGUUGUUGGUUGAGCACUACCUGUAUUUUAUAGCAGUUGAUUUCAGUUAUCCCACUGUGCAGUUUUAUUCAAGGCUUUAAUAACUGGCUUUUGUAGAUCCAAUAAGGAACAUUUUCCACAUCAUUGUUCUCAAUUUCUUUGUAUUUUCGUUUUAAUUUUUAAAUCUCAUCCAAUUUCUUUUGUAUAUCCAGUAAAACAUUCUUUUCCAAAGCA